AUGAGUUUCCUGGCUUGCUCGACUUCACUGUUUGCACUGCUUGUGACUACAGCUCUCGCAAACACCGAAAAGGUCAUCUUCACGGCCCCAAAAUCCAUCACUCUGCCCGACUCUGGCCCUCGUCUGGAAGCUCUUGGGCUGCGUGCCAUCUCGCAUACCAACAGGGCUUUGCAGACAUCUCUAUCAGUCGCUUUUCCAAUCAAAGACCGGCCGCGCGGACUAGCUUCGUGGUAUCUAUUGAGCGAUCUUGAGGAGGAUCAACGCUACGAAGUGCGCGUCUGCUGGGCCGCUGUGCAACCCACGGAAAUCUGGCUCAACGUCUACGACAUUGCACAUGUCUUCGACACUCCACUUCUGAUCCAGAGUCUUUCGGAAUUCGCGGACAGAAGACUUGAGCAAGCCACUCAAGAGUUCCCUCACCAAGAGCAAAAUAUCAACGGAAGCUUGCUCCUGCUACAUGUGCAAGCUGCAGCCGACUACUUCACCACAAACAAGAAAUUGAUGCAGGAGCCACCGCUGGUUGACGUCGACAUCAUUCUCGAUCGCUAUCUACUCAACGCGUUCCCAGAGUCGUUGAUCGCAACAGCCGGAUAUCUCCUUGUUAUAGCGGUCUUGGCCUUCUUCGUUUCUGGCCGGAUUUGGAGCUUUCUCCACGACAGCAGCGGUUAUAAACAGCACCAGGACUGA